AUGGGAUGUGGCUUUGCAAAAUCAGACCAGCUGAAGAAACGCGACAGAGGAAGUAAACGCUUUUCUCAUGUAUUACCACCUCUAUAAACCAUUAAACCAUUAUAAACCAGUUUGGAUUAGCCUAGAGAAUAAUGAACUCAUCUUCUCUGUCUUGUUUUUCUGUUACCUACAGCCAGCCUCUUAGUCCCAGGUAAAGUCUUACAAUUCAACAUUUGUUUAAUUCAACUUUGUUUUCAAAAUUAACAUUGAUGUUAUUAUCAUCAUCACAUACUGUGCAAGAUUAACACUUGAUUAACUAAGAUUAACACUUGUACUUUGUUUAUGUGUCUUUGUUUCCUGCAACGUGAUGUGAAGCUGCCACAGGUGAGUCAGUCAAUCUUCCGCUCGAGGACUAAAUCACUACAGAUCAUUAUGGGGUAUUGGAGGAUCUGAAUCUGUAAUCUAUGACUGAGUGUUCCAGUAGUUACUGUUAACCAUAUCAUCAGACAAGCUAAGAAUAGCUGUAUUACUCCUCAGAUGGGUAUCAGACAUUCAGACAAGCUACAAAUAGCUGUAAUACUGCUUUUCAGAAAUAACUGAAGUGAAACAACUAAAGAUACAGUGGGUCCAAUAAUGAUAGCUAGCUAGAUUUGCACGGUAAACCUGUGUGUUCUUUUGUUAAUGGGAUCGCGAUAGCAACAAGAGGGUUGUGAGUUCAACUCCCACAGGGAUCACAUACUGUAAGUGCCUAUGUGUUGUAAUAUGCUCUCUCCCCCCGCUACUCAUUCCUCCAGCCAUGAGGGCAGCUCUCCUGAUCCAACGUUGGUACCGUCAGUACGUGGCACGGCUGGAGAUGAGACGCAGGUGCACCUGGAACAUCUUCCAGUCCAUCGAAUAUGCAGGAGAGCAGGAUCAGAUUAAGGUGGGACACCAGACACACAUACCCAGCAUUGCGGGAACACUACACAUUCAUAUGACACCAUGUGAUUCUUUUAGUUUUUUUUCUCCAAAUAGGAUUUAAUGAAUUAUUUAUUUUAUUCUUCUUCUAUUUCUUCUUCUUCUACUUCUUUAUCUCAGCUCUACAACUUCUUUGGCUACCUCAUGGAUCACUUCACUCCAGCCAGCAGUGAGAGUAAGCAAUCCUCUCACUUCAUCCCCAGGCUAUAGCCGAAGAAGUCAGGUGUAUGAGAUUAGGGAUGCAUCCCAAAUGGCACACUAUUGUCCAUAUAGUGCAUUACCUAUGGACCCUUGUCAAAAGUAGUGAACUACAAAGUGAAUACUCGGUUGCCAUUGGGGAUGCAACCUAGCUUUCCUCCCAUUAGCUCAUUUGACUAAUAGCCUACAGUACCUCCUCUGAAAAACCUGUGUCCUAUCUCCAUCUUAGGGAACCUGAUCUCACACAUCUUCCGUGAGAACAACAUCUGCCGUAAUGUAGAUUGGGAGAGGUACUUCUGCUACAAGAGCAUUGAGGUACCAGAGCUGUACUCUGGUCCCCACCUCUCUUUCCCCAUAACAUUUUCCAACGCAGCUGAGCUGGUGGAGGCCUUCAAGAACAAACAAGUAGGUAUUCCUACUCACAAGUGAUCCAGCAAGCAACCGUAGUGAGGGCCAUCAGCAGCCUCCAUGUGCCAAACCUCCAUUCUACCACCAACUGUUGGGCAGAGGCUUGCCACCAUGGUAGUUUUCUCUGCUGACUGCCCUCUUCUGUUGACUUUCUACUAAUAAACUUCCCUCUCACUUCUCGUUUUCCCUCAAGCGUUCUGUUCUUCCCUGUCUGUUUUUCCCAGUAGCAGCUCCAUUCUCGCUAUGUCCUUCAGCUCCUUGGGGAGACCUGGAGGCUGCUGAGGAUCCUCCCCAACAUCAGUCAGAUCUCCACCUGCCACAGCAAGGAGAUCACCAUCUGUGGUAGAAACAUAAUGACACAUAAGGCUUUUAAACAAUUCACUGGUUGUAUAGCUUUAUUGCUUCUUAUGUUUUACCAACUUGUCACUCACUGGUAAACCCUCUCCCUCCCAACAGGAGACUUACAUGGGCAUCUUGAGGAUCUUUUGUUGGUCUUCUACAAGGUGGAUGCCACUUUUUUGUCAAUGCACCACCACAAUUCACAUGACAUCUCAUUCAUAAUGAAUGCAAACUAAUUUAAGCUUUCUUUAAGAAGUAUUUGACAUGUACUUACCUAUCCUGAUCAGAAUGGUUUACCAUCGUCUGAGAAGCCUUAUGUCUUCAAUGGAGACUUUGUGGAUCGAGGAAAAAAUUCCAUGGAGAUCCUCCUCAUCCUGUUUUCCUUCCUCCUGGUCUAUCCUAAUGAUGUCCAUCUGAACAGAGGCAACCACGAGGACCACAUCGUUAACCUAAGGUACUAUCAGACAUACUGUAUGUACAGUAUAAUCCCUGCACUAACAUACAUAACAUAAGCAUGUCUACUUCUGCUAAGCAUCCCAGUAAAGCAAUGAAAACAGUCAAGCAUCCCAGAAAAGUGCUAAAGAUAGCCCACGUCAACAAAGUUCUCUGAAACUCACUUAGAUAAUACCUUUGAUGAUACAGUGGUAGCAAUACAUAGUUAUAACAUCUACAGAAAAGACGGAAAUGCCAAAGAUGGAGGUGUUGCCGUUUAUAUUUAGAACCACAUUCCUGUAAAACUUAGAGUGGAUCUCGUGUUAAAUACUGUUGAAGUAAUAUGGCUACAGAUUCAUCUGCCUCACCUAAAGCCCAUUCUGGUGGGAAGCUGCUAUAGACAACCAAGUGCUAACAGUCAGUAUCUGGAUAACAUGCUUGAUAAUGUAUGUGAUAUCAACAGAGAGGUACACUACCGUUCAAAAGUUUGGGGUCACUUAGAAAUGUCCUUGUUUUCGAAAGAAAAGCAAUUUUUUGUCCAUUAAAAUAACAUCAAGUCAGAAAUACAGUGUAGACAUUGUUAAUGGUGUAAAUGGCUAUUGUAGCUGGAAACGGCUUAUUUUUAAUGGAAUAUCUACAUAGGCGUACAGAGGCCCAUUAUCAGCCACCAUCAGUCCUGUGUUCCAAUGGCACAUUGUGUUUGCUAAUCCAAGUUUAUCAUUUUAAAAGGCUAAUUGAUCAUUAGAAAACCCUUUUGCAAUCCCAGCUGAAAACUGUUGUGCUGAUUAAAGAAGCAAUAAAACUGGCCUUCUUGAGACUAGUUGAGUAUCUAGAGCAUCAGCAAUUGUGGGUUCGAUUACAGGCUCAAAAUAGCCAGAAACAAAGAACUUUCUUCUGAAACUCGUUAGUCUAUUCUUGUUCUGAGAAAUGAAGGCUAUUCUAUGCGAGAAAUUGCCAAGAAACUGAAGAUCUCGUACAACGCUGUGUACUACUCCCUUCACAGAACAGCGCAAACUGGCUCUAACCAGAAUAGAAAGAGGAGUGGGAGGCCCCGGUGCACAACUGAGCAAGAGGACAAAUACAUUAGAGUGUCUAGUUUGAGAAACAGGCACCUCACAGGUCCUCAACUGGCAGCUUCAUUAAAUAGUACCCGCAAAACACCAGUCUCAACUAAAAACAGUGAAGAGGUGGCUCCGGGAUGCUGACCUAGGCAGAGUUGCAAAGAAAAGGCCAUAUCUCAGACUGGCCAAAAAAAAAAAAUGAUUAAGAUGGGCAAAAGAACACAGACACCAGACUUUUUCUUUGCAACUCUGCCUAGGUCAGAAUCCCGGAGCCACCUCUUCACUGUUGAAGUUGAGACUGGUGUUUUGCGAGUACUAUUUAAUGAAGCUGCCAGUUGAGGACCUGACGAGUUUCAGAAGAAAGUUCUUUGUUUCUGGCCAUUUUGAGCCUGUAAUCGAACCCACAAUUGCUGAUGCUCCAGAUACUCAACUAGUCUCAAGAAGGACAAGGAAAUGUCUAAGUGACCCCAAACUUUUGAAUGGUAGUGUAUGUGGUGAUGGAUGAUGGAGUGGUGGCCUGAAUGUGUUGGGUAAGGUGUUAUGAAAUGUAAUGUCAUGUAGUAUUUUAAACUGUAUGUACUGGAAGUGUCUUAUGUUGCUGGAAUAAUAAUAAUAAUAAAAAAUCUCUUCUUCUCUGGUACUCCCCAGUAGAAACAUAAUUCAACACACUUUUAUUUUCCCCCAGAUAUGGCUUCACCAAAGAGGUGCUUGGAAAAUACAGGGUAGGUCUCACCUUGUGUCAUUCUAUAACAUUGGAUAACUGUUCAAAUUGCUUUGCCUCACAACCCCAAACCAAGUGUUUUAAAAAACUAUAAUUUUCCCAGAGCAGUCCAAUUAUUUGACCUAGAUUAACCUCACCAUAGGUAGUUUAUUCUGCUAAUCAGAAUCAUGUCAUCUUCCUGAGUAUUACGUUUACCAGUGAUCAGAGUCCACUUAUAUCAAGCCUAUCUAUGUCAGUGUGUAAUGUGGGUCACUCUCCCUCUUGUCUAAGGAGAUUACAGGAUUUUCCUCUCCGUCAACUGUGUGACUCUUCGUGACUCUCUCUUCCUCUCUCUCUAUCUUUGUGUACGUGUGUCAGUCAGUCAGUCUUAAAUAGCCAGCACACUGACCCAGUUAGUCAGGAAGACCUGUUUGUUUUAGGUUACAUGGUUACAGUAGCCAAUGGAUUAACUGUUGGUAGAUAACACCAUCCACAUCCACUCAGUUCUUGAUUUAAGACCUACUGUAUUUGAUGUGGGAAUAGUGUGUAUCCCAAAAGGAAAGAAAUAGCACUGCAUAGGCCUCAUAGUUUUCAAUAUAAUCACUGACGCUGACAUGUUGAAUCUUAUAUUAACGUAUGCAUAAUAAGAAAUAUUCUGAUCGACAUUGCUGUCGCUUGGUUUGUGCUUAGCUUCAUGGCAAGAAGAUUCUAAAGCUUCUCCAGAAGAUCUUUAGCUGGUUGCCCCUGGCGACAGUAAUUGACCACAAGGUGUUGGUUCUGCACGGCGGUAUCUCAGACACCACGGACCUUCACCUCAUAUCCAGGGUGGACAGACACAAAGUAAAACCUCACUAACCCCUCGCUUAAAGGAAUAGUUGACCUGUAGCAAAGUAUGACCUCACAGAACCAUUCUCUUUAGUUCACCCACAUUACUUAAAUGUAGCUGAGCAUCAAUUAGACACUUAUUGAUGAAUCCUCUUAGUCUAUUCUAGCCUUAGUAUAGAUAGGUGUAAUGAAAACCCCAAAAUAGUGGAUCCCUAAAUAUCCCUAAACCUAAAUAUAUAGUGGGUCUCCUUGGUUGAGAAGCUUAAGUUGAUUGCAUGCCCAGAUCACUUUGCUCAUUGUUUAAUCAUGUUUGUACAGCAUUGCUCAUUGUAGAAUGGAUCAUGACAAUACUUGUGUCUGUAGUAUGUUUCAGCUCUCCGGCCUCCCAAGAGGAAGAGGCAGAGCAGGUCAGGUAUGACGGACUCCAAUCUAGAAGACGAUGACCCAACCUCCAAGCCUGUGGACAGCAGCAGGCGCCGGGUCCGCUCCCUGACCCACAGCAGCAGCACAGGGACCAGGCACGAGGUCCAGCGUCGCUCCCUGCAGGGCCUGAACAACAGGGUGACCUGCUCUGUAGAAGAGGAGCUGAAGGAGCGACGCAGGCAGGCCGGACUCAGCCAGUCCUACAGAGACCUCCGUAACUCCCUGGCUAACUCUGACCCUGACUCUGACCCAGACUCUGGAGAGCUGCUGGAGUCGUACGGGAACGAGUGGAAACAGGUAACUGAGAUUAGACACCAUUUACGUCACAUCUAUUUGUUAGAGUAGGAUUAAAGGCAAAAUAACAGUUGGUGAUGUUUUAGGAGGAUGAUCCAUAUUGGACUGAAAGGAUUAGGAUAGCAGGAGCUGAUGGAGUUAAAUGCUGACUUUUGUUUAUAUACUGGGGUGGAAUUGAUUUGAGUUCUACCUUUAUUUGAAGAAUAGCCAAGAUGAUUGAAAGCAAUAAAUAGACUGAUUUGGGUGGACAUUGUUAGUCUACAGAACCAGUGAAAGCCUACAGUGGAAGGCCAUCCCCCUAGUGGUGGUAUUAACUAGAAACUGCACCCUGGUGUUGUCUGUCUGGGCUGCAGAUUGUAGACAUGCUGUGGAGCGACCCCAUGCCCCAGGAUGGCUGUGUCCCCAACGAGGUGCGAGGUGGAGGAUGUUACUGGGGUCCUGACGUGACAGAAGAGGUCCUGCGACGUCACAACCUCACGCUGCUCAUACGCUCACAUGAGUGCAAGCAGGAGGGCUACGAGUUCUGCCACAACCGCAGGGUGAGGAAGGCCACAGAUAGACAGAGCACAAUCAAAAGGGAAUUAAAUAUGCAGUAAACUGUAGCAAAAAUAAUUAUUGCCGCCAUCUAUUUGAAAAAGGAAUACAAACUGUGAGUGUUUGAUCAAAUCCUCUAAGAGUAGGCAAAAUAGCUUUGAGAUAUAAAGCAAAAUCUAACCUUUCAAUAAUGCUUGUUCUUUCUCUUUCUCUAGGUCCUAACCAUAUUUUCUGCAUCUAACUACUAUGAGGUGGGAAGCAACAGAGGAGCGUACAUCAGGAUGGGUCCUGACCUGGUGCCUCACUUCAUCCAGUACCAGGCCAACAGGGCUACCAGGGAGCUCACACUGAGACAAAGGUAACAUAGGGGACUCUGGGACACAGGCAGCCCAAUUCUGAUAUUUUUCUCCACUUUUUCUCCAUUGGUAUUUUGACCAAUCAGAUCAGCUCUUUGCCAAUAAUUGGGAAAAAGAUCAGAAUUGGACUGCCUGUGUAAACGCAACCAUUGUGUCACCGCCUGGUAUGGCAACUGCUCGGCAUCCGACCGUAAGGCGCUACAGAGGGUAGUGCGUACGGCCCAGUACAUCACUGGGGCCAAGCUUCCUGCUGUCCAGGACCUAUAUACUAGGCAGUGUCAGAGGAAGGCCCAAAUACUUGUCAAAGACUCCAGUCACCCAAGUCAUAGACUGUUCUCUCUGCUACUGCACGGCAAGCGGUACCAGAUCACCAAGUCUAGGACCAAAAGGCUCCUUAACGGCUUCUACCCCCAAGCCAUAAGACUGCUGAACAAUUAAUCAAAUGGCCACCCGGACUAUUUACAUUGACCCCCUUUGUUUUUAUACUGCUGCUACUCGCUGUUUAUUAUCUAUGCAUAGUCACUUUACCCAAAUUACCUCGACUAACCUGUACCCCCGCACAUUGACUCGGUACCAGUACCCCCUGUAUAUAGCCUCAUUCUUUUAUUGUGUAAAAAAAAUAACAUUUAGUAAAUUUUUUCUUACCUCUAUGUCUUGAACUGCAUUGUUGGUUAAGGGCUUGUAAGUAAGCAUUUCACGGUACUCUGAACAAUUGAAUAUCAGACUAAAAGAAGAUUAACUCAGAUGUGUGUGAUAUGUCUGAUAAUUGAUAUCUCACACAUACUGUACUUCACUAAAAACCAUGCAAUUAAUUCCUUGUAUACCUCAGACAUGUUAUCCACUAUGUGUGAUGUGGUUGAUGCCUUGUGUUUUCAGUGUUGGGCGGACUGAGCGUUCAGCUCUCAGGGCUUUGAGGGAGAAGCUGUUUGCACACAAGUCAGACCUUAUCAGUUCCUUUCAGGAGUACGACCCGGAAAAUACAGGUACUGAACCACGCACUCACCGUUUCACUCAUAUCACAACUACCAGGAACCUCUGUUCCCCCUUAGUACUUUAUGAAUACAUUAUAGCAUGUUGUCUAUUCAUCACCAUCUAGUGGCUUUAAUGGCAACAGUAUAUUUAGCAGUCUUAAAAACAUAAAGGUUCACAAUGGACACUGAAUGGUGUGUCAACAUCAAAUAAUGUUUUAUUGCAUCGCUCUCAGUGAUGAUUAAGUGUCUUUAUGGCCCAGUAUAGCAUAUAGAUAAAACUUCUCUAUGCUGUAAAGUCUGUCAGUGUUAUGUGUUUAUCUGUGUGAUCACUGCAUGGCCUGGUCUCUCUCCCGGGGCUGAUUUCUCUGUGGCUGUGUUAAGGCUGGGUUUACCCUGAAGGGUUAGGGUUAGUGUAGCAGUUUGAGACUGACUGUGACUGCUGCAUGGUCUCUGUCAUGGCUGUGUGGUGUGGUCUCUCAGGGCUGAUCUCUCUGGGCCACUGGGCCUGUGCCAUGGAGGCUGUGUUGAGGCUGGGUCUACCCUGGAGGGUGCUGCGGUCUCAGCUAGUGGGAGACACUCUGGAUGGCAUGCUGGACUACCAGCUCUGGUUCAGAGAACUGGCCAUCACCGAGCCCAACACAGAGGUGAGGUUGACUAACACACAAACGUAAACACACAAAUAAAAAAAAGAGUAAACAAGCACCUAACAAAAUUCCUGGUCGCUGCCUUUUAUCGACCAGCUCUCGAAUGCCAGUCUGCUUGAGACCAUGUAUAAGCACCACUCCAACCUGGAGACCAUCUUCAGGAUCAUAGACACAGACAACUCAGGUGAGUAAUAAUAAUCAGCUUGGCCCAGAUACCUGCCCUGUUGUGUUUUACGUACAUUACCUUUCUCAAGCCUCUCAGGCCCCUCUGUCAUAACAUAUAGAGAGCUUAUUACUAACAAGCUCAAUAUGAUGUUCCAUUGAAAACAAAGAGUAAUUGAACAUUGAUCCCCAGAGGGAAAAUUGGAUGUGUCACCAGCAUAGGACACCUACAGGGACAACAGACACACAGGUGUAACAGACGUUGUGCUUGCUUAACAGUAGGUUAUAUUUUCUUUCCACACAAGCCCACACUGCUGGUACUCGAUCUCAGAUCCUCUGCCUUGCGCAAACACUAGUGAUCGCAUCCCUUGACCAAUUACACUAUAGAAAAGCUAGAGAAUCGAUACGGCAACUGGAGACAUUUCAAGCUGGGGAGUGAGGUUACAAAUCCAACUUUGUUACACAGGCACACAUCAGAACACAUAGACCUGAUGGACUUUAUUUUUCUUGUCUGAUCUGUGGGCUAUGUAUCUUACAUGUUAAAUAAACCUAUCCGAUUGAGUACAAAUCAUAAGAAGCCAGGUUUCAGAGCAAAAGGACACAUUUCUAUUCAACCUGUGAAACUGAAGUGACCACAGAUUCCACAAUAGAAAUGUAAAGGUCACUCCAGAUUGAGUCGACAUAUGCAGUGUUUACCGUGAAUGCAGUCUCCGCGGGAACAUUGCAUUUACAUUUCAAUCACGCUUUAAAGCUGCACUUCCGUGAUGCGGAUUGAAUAGAGCCCAUGAUCUAAAAUAUAAAGCACAAUUCUAUUUAAUUGUCUCCCAGGUCUGAUCUCGUUUGAAGAGUUCCGUCAGACGUGGAAGCUGCUGAGCUCUCAUCUGCAGACAGAGAUCAGUGACGAGGCCAUCAGUGACCUGGCCGUCUCCAUCGACUUCAACAAAGACGGCAGCAUAGACAUCAACGAGUUCAUGGAGGCCUUCCGGCUAGUGGGAGGAGACCUGCUGCAGAAUGAAGGUGGUGACCCCCACUGA